GCGCACUCCGCCUCGCUUCCCGCCCUCAAACUCUCCGCCACACACAAUAUGGCGGUAGGGAGGCCGGCGCCUCUACCCUCGGCACUUUUCCUCAGGCCGCCAUGCUGGUGAGGGCGAGCGCAGCGCUGCGGAGGGGCCUCCCUCGCAGGCUGCGCUUCGGCAGCGAAGGAAGGAGGCUGAGCGGCGGACGAGGCGAGGAACCGACCGCCGGCUGCUUUCCGCUGAGCCGCGUCCUGCUCCGUUUCCAAGGCCCGGAGGCGGUGACCUUCCUCCAGGGCUUGCUGACCAAUGACGUGACGCGUUUGGCGGCGGUGGAGGGCGGGGCUGCGGACGCGCCUCGCGCCAUCUACGCGCAUGCCCUCAACGUCCAGGGGAGGUGCCUCUAUGACGUCAUUCUGUACAGAAUUCACGAAAGCCAGCAAGAAGAGCCCCACAUCCUGUUGGAGUGUGAUGCCGGGGUCUUGGAGUCCCUUCAAAAGCAUUUGAAACUGUAUAAAAUCCGGAGGAAAGUAAACAUCACCCCCUGCCUUGACCUCUCCUUGUGGGCCGUCAUUCCAAAGGAACUUUCUCAGGAGGGGGCCUGUAAACUCCAACAGUGUGCCGGCAAAGCAGUGGUUGCAACGCCUGACCCCAGAGUCAGUGUUAUGGGUUGGAGGCUGAUAACCAGCAAAGGCACAGAACCACUGGAGGUUGUUCCCGGAUGCCAGAUUGGGAACGUUAAGGAUUAUCAUAGGCACAGGUAUAAACAAGGUGUGCCAGAAGGAAUUAAAGACCUCCCUUCUGGAAUAGCCCUCCCUUUGGAAUCCAACUUGACUUACAUGAAUGGCAUCAGUUUUACCAAAGGCUGUUACAUCGGCCAGGAGUUAACAGCUAGGACCCAUCAUAUGGGUGUCAUCCGUAAACGCCUCUUGCCCAUACAGCUUUCAACUCCCAUGUCUUCCGAGAGCAUCCCUGAGGGAGCUGAAAUUGUAUUGGAAUCAGGAAAGCCAGCUGGAAAGUACCGUGCCGGAGUAGAUGAACUUGGAAUGGCAUUACUGCGGUUGGCUAACAUAAAUGAACCACUGCAUCUAAAAAUAUCAGGAGAUUCACUUGUGAGAGUCACUGCCUCCAUCCCAAAAUGGUGGCCCAAGCCUGCCAAUAAGUAGAGGAGCUUUGCGCUGAGGAUCCUCUGCUUUGUGUCUUGACGAUGCCCAAAGACCUUACAUACAGUUCAUCCAGAAUUACAGUGUUUCCUUUUCACGAUGGAUCAAUUCAUCUUACACAACAUAAUUCAUUUCAGUGUGGCUUGUCAAGGAGGAGUUCCUGGCUAGUUACAUUCAUUUUUUACAUUGGUCAGCAGGGAAGACUAAAGUAUGUUUGCAUUGGCUCUAUUAGGUUUCCUCUUAGGACUAUAUAUUUUUUUCUAAAUUAGCCAAACAACCUUCACUUUUAUCCAUGCCUUCGUUCCAGAAAGGUUCAGUACAGCAGGUGAAAGUGGAACUGAGUUCUUAAAACCCCAGGCCACUUUUACCAAAAAGAAAAAAGUUUCUAUUAAA